AUGAAGACACUCGCUUUCGUUUCUACCCUCUUGGGAUCAGCAAGCGUCGUUUCGGCAGUGGAUUACGCGCCAAAGCAAGAUACGUGGUGUGUCACAUAUCUGUCCACCUAUCUUGUUCCGGUCUCCGAUCAAGCCAAUUCGCCGGUAUUGACAAGGCCUGCCGAAGAGCCCAGUAGACAACCAGUUCGUCCGUCUCUCAAGCCGACGUUUGCCGCAAAUAUUUCAACUCAACAGACCAAGGCAAGUUUCAGUACAGACCUUACGACCUCGCUUCUUCUUCCAGAGUCCUCCAUAACGUCUGAAACAUCUUCAGAUGACGCUGUGUCCUCGACAUUCGACACAGAACCAACUGUGGCACAAUCAGGCUCUGGAAGCCAAUCCCUUGACCCGACAACUGAGCCCGUGAUUGAUGAAACCGUCACCUCUUCGUUGUCAACAGACCUCGGCUCUUCCAUCAGCACAGAUGCCAUCCCAACCUCAAGUGGUCUUGUCGAGCCAGCCGGACGACCCGUUAUCUUCCGAGUCUUUGUCAACGAGAAUGAGAAACGUAACAUAAACCGGCGACAAGCCAUUGGCGGAUUUGUUGGGAACGAGAACCCCCAAAUCUGCACAUUUGCUGCAACCUUUAAUCUCGCUGAAGGCCAACUCUUUGAAGGCGGUACACCUAUCUACUACUCUGGUGAGAGUUUCAAGGAGUUAUCAGGCCAAGAUCUCCCUUCGAGUGGGUCCAUUACGAAAACUUUUGAAGAUUCUGGUCGGCUUGUGUUUAGGAACUCAGGUUUGCCAAAUGGUCAGGCGGGUUUCUGUCAGACCCCUGAUGGUAUCGUCUAUGUGACCUUUACCAACGGACCUGCCGGGUGUAUACCUGUCGAUCUAGUUGUAUAUGAUGUAACGCAGUGUCAAAAUGGUCGAAUCGUUGGUGAUGAUGACGCGACUUCGACAGCCUCUGCGACUGUCCCUCAAGACACAACGACGCCCGAAGGGACUAGUGUUGAGGUCACUUCUCGCAUUGUGGUCACUUCUAGCAUUGUGGAUACUACUACGGUUAAAAUUACUGCAACUAGCUCUGAAGCUUCCAUGUCCGAAUCUGAAUCGGCUGGUGUAUCCAUCCAGACGUCUGAUGCUGAGGUUUCUGAUGUAGUCUCUUCAGAAGCUACCGAGCCAUCUCUUUCAUUGAGUUCAGCUACCACAUCUAUCUCGCUGUCAGAGUCCUCAAUUACCGAUGUAGUAGAGACAUCGACUGUGCUAGAUCCCACCUCUCGAACAAGCACUGCAGAGGAGACAGAUGAUACAGCCUCUGUAAUUUCAACAGAUUCAACAUCAGAGACCGUAUCAGAGGCAGCAACAGCAGCCACUACAACCUCGUUAUCUACAGACGAUGUGAUAACUACAAGCACAAUAGUCACGAACUCAGAGACAGUAACAACGAUGGAAACCUCUGCCACGGACACAGACACUACCAUCCCUGAGACUACCACAUCGACUGAAGAUGCGACUGUCAUGGAUACUACAACUGCGGAUACAACCAGCGAUGACACUACAGCUAUUAGUACCAUGACCACAGAUGCUUCCACCACUACUUCAGCCGGCCCGAACACUGACGAGUGUGCCAAUACCAACAACCCAUAUUCGGCCCCCAAUGGUGUUAGCGUCACCCUCACUUGCGGUACCUCCGCUAUCAGCGACAUUCUUGAUAUUUUUACCACGGACAACUUUGUUCUAUGUAUACAGGUUUGCUCUGAGAGUGCAACAUGUCUAGGAGUUCAAUUCGACAAACGAAUCUCUGAGUGUCUGUUAUUUUCACGAUUCGAUGGGACUUUAGAUAGCGUAUUCUUCAAUAUCGCGCUCAAGGAUCCUAUCAUCAUCGACACUACUACUUCUACUACCGACACUGCCACUACAGGCUCGAAUGCUGUCACUACAGACGCUGUCACUACAGAUGCUAUCACUACAGACGCUGUCACUACAGAUGCUAUCACUACAGACGCUGUCACUACAGACGCUGUCACUACAGACGCUGUCACUACAGAUCUGAAUGCUGUCACUACAGAUCUGAAUGCUGCCACUACAGAUCUGAAUGCUGCCACUACCACCCAGGGUGCUCCGACCUUGUAG